AUGCCCGCCACGCCCAACCUCACACAGACGCUGGAAGAUGCCUUCCAGAAGAUUUUUAUUACUUACAUGGACAACUGGCGCCGGAACACCUCGGCUCAGCAGGAAGCCCUGCAAGCCAAAGUGGAUGCCGAGAACUUUAACUACGUCAUCUUGUACCUGAUGGUGAUGAUCGGCAUGUUCUCGUUCAUCAUCGUCGCCAUCCUGGUGAGCACGGUCAAGUCCAAGAGACGGGAGCACUCCAACGACCCCUACCACCAGUACAUCGUGGACGACUGGCAGCAGAAGUACAGGAUGCAGGUCUCGAGUCUGGAUGAGCCCAGGGCAACCGUCCAUGAGAAUGUGGGCGCAGCAGGAUUCAAAAUCUCUCCUUAA